UCCGGUCCGGGUUAGCGCGGUUUAGAUGCGUUGCGUGGUUUGUGUGUUCCUGGGACAGAUAUCUGAGGGCCAGUCAGCGGGUGUGGAGGCGAGAACCGGCGUCUGGACUUAUUAGUCUGGAGUCUAGUGGGAAGAUCUGGAAAAGGGCCAGGAACCUGAUUGCGAUCUAACCCCUGUUUCCGAGGGGGCAACUUCCACCGGGAACCCCUCUGCCCUGGUAACGGCCAAAGAGGAGAUGGCGCCAGUCGGGGAGCGGCCGACGCAGACACAGUAAGGAAGCACGAAGGCGGAGCAACCGGAGAAGCCACGGAGAAGAGCCAGAGCCGUCACUGCCGCCACCACCGCCCCCACCAUGGAAGGGGCAAAGCCAACAUUACAGCUCGUGUACCAGGCAGUGCAGGCGCUUUACCACGACCCAGAUCCCAGCGGAAAGGAGCGCGCCUCGUUUUGGCUUGGGGAGCUGCAGCGUUCGGUUCAUGCAUGGGAGAUUUCAGACCAAUUGUUACAGAUUCGACAGGAUGUAGAAUCAUGCUAUUUUGCUGCCCAGACCAUGAAAAUGAAGAUUCAGACCUCAUUUUAUGAGCUCCCCACAGACUCUCAUGCCUCGUUACGGGACUCAUUACUAACCCAUAUCCAGAACUUGAAAGACUUGUCACCUGUCAUUGUAACGCAGCUGGCUUUAGCAAUAGCAGACCUUGCCCUACAGAUGCCUUCCUGGAAGGGGUGUGUACAAACAUUGGUAGAAAAGUAUAGCAAUGAUGUAACUUCUCUGCCUUUUCUGCUGGAGAUCCUUACAGUGUUACCUGAAGAAGUGCACAGUCGUUCCUUACGAAUUGGAGCUAACCGGCGCACAGAAAUUAUAGAAGAUUUGGCCUUCUACUCUAGUACAGUGGUAUCUCUGUUGAUGACCUGUGUAGAAAAAGUAGGAACUGAUGAGAAAAUGCUUAUGAAGGUCUUUCGCUGUUUGGGAAGUUGGUUUAACUUAGGUGUUCUGGAUAGUAACUUCAUGGCUAACAAUAAAUUAUUAGCACUACUUUUUGAGGUUUUGCAACAAGAUAAGACCUCAUCCAAUCUACAUGAAGCUGCUUCAGACUGUGUGUGCUCAGCUCUCUAUGCCAUUGAGAAUGUGGAGACUAACUUGUCCUUAGCCAUGCAACUGUUUCAAGGAGUCCUGACGUUGGAGACUGCCUAUCAUAUGGCUGUGGCACGUGAAGAUUUAGACAAAGUUCUGAAUUACUGCCGUAUUUUCACUGAGCUAUGUGAAACUUUUCUUGAAAAAAUUGUUUGUACUCCAGGCCAAGGGCUUGGGGACCUACGAACUCUGGAACUGCUACUUAUCUGUGCAGGACAUCCUCAGUAUGAGGUAGUAGAAAUUUCCUUUAACUUUUGGUACCGCCUAGGGGAGCAUUUGUACAAAACCAAUGAUGAAGUUAUUCAUGGCAUCUUCAAAGCUUACAUUCAGAGGCUGCUUCAUGCCUUGGCUCGACACUGCCAGCUGGAACCAGACCAUGAGGGGGUUCCUGAGGAGACUGAUGACUUUGGGGAAUUUCGAAUGAGGGUAUCAGACCUGGUGAAAGACUUGAUUUUCUUGAUUGGGUCUAUGGAGUGUUUUGCUCAGUUAUAUUCUACUCUGAAAGAAGGCAACCCACCCUGGGAGGUGACAGAAGCGGUUCUCUUUAUCAUGGCUGCUAUAGCAAAGAGUGUUGAUCCGGAGAACAAUCCAACACUUGUGGAGGUCCUAGAAGGAGUGGUCCGUCUCCCAGAGUCUGUACAUAUGGCUGUGCGGUACACCAGCAUUGAAUUGGUUGGAGAGAUGAGUGAAGUGGUUGAUCGAAAUCCUCAGUUCCUUGACCCUGUAUUGGGCUAUUUGAUGAAAGGCCUGUGUGAAAAACCUCUGGCUUCUGCUGCAGCCAAAGCCAUUCAUAACAUUUGCUCUGUUUGCCGAGACCACAUGGCUCAGCACUUUAAUGGACUCCUGGAGAUUGCCCGUUCCCUUGAUUCCUUCAUGUUGUCUCCAGAAGCUGCUGUGGGCUUGCUAAAAGGAACAGCACUUGUCCUGGCCAGGUUACCAUUGGAUAAGAUUACUGAAUGUCUUAGUGAACUCUGUUCUGUUCAGGUUCUGGCAUUGAAAAAGCUCUUGUCUCAGGAGCCCAGCAAUGGCAUAUCCUCAGAUCCCACUGUGUUCUUAGAUCGUCUUGCAGUGAUAUUUAGACACACCAAUCCCAUUGUGGAAAAUGGACAGACUCAUCCGUGCCAAAAAGUCAUACAGGAAAUAUGGCCAGUUUUAUCUGAAACUCUAAAUAAGCACCGGGCUGAUAAUCGGAUUGUAGAGCGUUGUUGCAGAUGCCUCCGCUUUGCUGUUCGCUGUGUAGGCAAAGGAUCUGCAGCCCUGCUGCAGCCACUAGUCACACAGAUGGUGAAUGUGUACCACAUACAUCAGCAUUCCUGUUUCCUAUACCUUGGCAGUAUCCUUGUGGAUGAGUAUGGCAUGGAAGAGGGCUGUCGGCAAGGAUUACUAGACAUGCUCCAGGCACUGUGCUUCCCCACCUUUCAGCUCCUAGAACAGCAGAACGGGCUCCAGAAUCACCCCGACACUGUGGAUGACCUGUUCAGACUAGCCACCAGGUUCAUUCAGCGUAGCCCAGUUACCUUGCUGAGGAGCCAGGUAGUUAUCCCUAUCUUACAGUGGGCCAUUGCCUCCACUACCCUGGACCACCGGGAUGCCAACUGUAGUGUCAUGAGGUUCCUGCGAGACCUUAUCCAUACAGGGGUAGCCAACGAUCAUGAAGACGACUUUGAAUUACGGAAAGAACUGAUUGGACAGGUGAUGAACCAGCUUGGACAGCAACUUGUGAGCCAGCUGCUCCACACGUGCUGCUUUUGUCUCCCCCCAUACACCCUACCAGAUGUGGCUGAAGUGCUCUGGGAGAUCAUGCAGGUUGACAGACCGACUUUCUGUCGAUGGUUAGAGAAUUCCUUGAAAGGUUUGCCAAAAGAAACAACUGUGGGAGCUGUCACAGUGACACACAAACAACUAACAGAUUUCCACAAACAAGUCACUAGUGCUGAGGAAUGUAAACAAGUUUGCUGGGCCUUGCGAGACUUCACCAGGUUGUUUCGAUAGCUCACACUCCUGCACUGUGCCUGUCAUCCAGGAAUGUCUUUUUUAAUUAGAAGACGGGAAGAAAACAAAAACCAGAUUGUGUCCCACAAUCAGAAACCUCCAUUGUGGCAGAGGAGCCUUCACCGCCACCAGGACAUCCCACCAGACAGGGAGAGACUCCAGCCUUCGAGGCCAUCCUGAGGAGUUCCUGUUCGGAGUGCAAGGGAAAAUCAGCAGUUUUUAAAAAGAUGGCUGCAGCCUGUUCGGCAUGGUGGGAGGGGAGCUGGUUUCCUGGUGAACUUGUUUCUAAAAGAAAAAAUAAUUUUAAGGAAAUAAAAAAGGAAAACUAAACUGAAACCAGAACUGAAACAUCCGCCUGGUAGCAAAUGACAUGCACACAUACAUAGGAGUACCUACACACACAUGCGAACAUGUGUGUGCAUACACAGACACAAAAACACUUAGGGAAAAUGGGAAUUCAAAUGAAUUAAAUAGCUGCAGUUGGAAGAAAAGGGUCAGGAUCACCUCUUACAGUUUUUUAUUAUGUUUCAUCCUCUCCCCCCACCCUUCCCCCAAUCUUCCGUUCUUCAAAGGGAGUAGAGAUUCCUCCUGUCCUCCCCGGCCGUUUCUUACCACCUUUAGAGUUGUUUGGACAGCAAGGAGUAAACAAGGAGCCUUUUCUGUUUUAUAUCAUGGCUGCAUCAGUGAUACUGAGACCUGCCAGGGCCAAAAUUCAUGUAUGUCCCAGCUCCGACUACCCUAUUCAAUCUCGGAACCCACUGCCAGUCCACACUGGGUCAGCCUUGAAGGGAAGAGCCAGGAGGGGUGAGUGGGAUAUAAAUGUGUAGUCUAAGUGUUUUAGUUUAAGAGGUUUUUUUAAUGUUUCACCCAUAGACAUGAGAGAACAGAAGAGGGUAGGAAUAUUGAAGGUGUUCACAGGGCUAAAUUGUAUUUUACUUAAAAAUGUGAAAAUUAUUUGACUUUAUGGGGAUGAGGUGAGAGUGCAAAGCCCAAAGCAGAUCCUGAUGUUUAAGGAAGCUGCAGCCCUGCACAGGUGUUGCAUAGGAGGCACUGUUCUCUCUGGUGGUGUAGCCAUCUCAAGAACAGAUUAGCAAGGGGAAGAAAGGAAAAAAUAAAUUUUAAAAUUUCCUCAUUGUUUGUUUUUCAUUCCUUUCACUGCUUCAUAGUUCUGAAAUGGUGCAGCUGGACCGCUUAGUUGUUACCUGAUAGUCUGGGGGUGGAGCUGAAAAGGCAGCUGCCUGUGCUCAGUGCCACAGACCCUUCCCAUUUGUACGGGAGCGGUGCAUCCUGCAUCUGUUACUCUUCUAGCUCACCCUGAAACUCCACGCCACAUUUUACCUUUUCAUAUGGCCUCCGUGGAAAAGAGAGUGGGACACUCGGCAUGUUGAUCUGAAAUGUGGUAUAUUCUUCCCACAGAGGCCGCCAAGUAGAUUGUUUUCUAACCCACUGAGUAUUUGGUCUUUAAAACAAAAUGAAACCUGUAUUCAUUGACAUGCAGAAAUCUGCACGUUUAAUGUGUACAGUUUAUAAGCUUUGACCUAGGAUACACCUACGAAAUCAUUAACCGCCAAGGUAGUGAACCUAUUCUUUACUCUCAAAAGUCUCCUCAUGCAUCUCCCCUUCCUCCCACAUACCCCAGUAGCCACUGAUCUGCUUUCUGACAUUGUAGAUUGGUUUACAUUUUCCUGAGUUUUAUAGAAAUGUGAUCAUACGGGCUUUGAGCUAAUGAUGACGAUAGAGCUGCAUCUAAUGUUUUAAAUCAGUGAAACAAAUUUUUUUGCGUAAUGCCAGUGGGACCUAAAGAGGUUUAUUCUCUAAAGAGAAAUUAUUGGAAGGGGAGGAAGAAACUUAAAUGUGAAAAAGUAUUUGGAGAGAGGUCCUGAGUUUCUGGGGAUCAGUACACUACCCCAGCCAUUCCUCCCAUGUUCUGGGUACGCAAUAAAACUUGGAAGCCUGAUCCAAUCCUAGGUCCUUACAGCAGCUGGUUGACUUUUUUGUUUAAGGAAUGUGGCUUUUAUGACCAAGUUCUAUCAGGGGCUGAAAGAACAUGUGGAAGGCUCAAUACAACCAUCUCCACAGCCACAGCUGUGGAAACCGGGGCUCUCCUCUCAUUAAUGGGGUCGAGGCCUCACUGCACACUCUCUUACAGAUUAUUUCAAACUAGUCCUUACACGUAGUGUUACUUUUUGGCAUGGCAAGGAUACCCACCUAAGUUUUAAUUUAAAAAGGAACUGUUUGGCCCUGGCUGGUGUAGCUCAGUUGAUAGCAUAACUGAAAGGCUACCAGGUCGUUCUCCUGUAGGGCAUACACCAUACACCUAGAUUGUGGGUCCAGUCCCUGGUUGGGCUCAUCAACGGUGAACCACUCAGUGUUUUGCUCUCACGUUGAUGUUUCUCUUUCCCCCCUUCCUUCCCUCCCUCCUCUCGAAAAACAAUGAAAAAACUGUGUUCGGUUGAGGAUUAAUUUUUAAAAAUGAACUGUUUGGGAUCAUGUACCUUAAUGUAGAUAACUGUGUUCCUGUAUAACAUUGUCUACUGGAAUAAGAACAAGAGUCUUGCACCUGAACUACUUAAGUCACAAAGUCCCCGCAGAAUUUUUUUCCUCAUUUCCAUGAUUGCCUUAGCCAGGAGAUUUUAGUCAUGAUUAUGUGAAACACAGAUUAUCCAUUGGGGCUAUUCUCAGCAGGAUUAUCCUAAAGAAAAGUAACUUGUAAUUUUUAUGUAACUGUUCUAUGAAGUUAACUGAGAAUAUAGGGUAAAUAAGACAUAAAGGAACUUAAGCUUUCGAACGGCAUCAACACCGCUUGAAUGCAACAUGCUUGUCCACCUUGCGUGGCCCUGGUUUAAUGGAAUCAUUUUACAAAAAUGAAAGCCAAAAUCUAAAGAAGUUAAAAACCCAAGAUUAUGCAACAAGGGUGUGCCUGAUUUUUUGACAUACAUUAUCAGCAAAUGAGAAAAGUUGCUUUCCAAGAAGAAUCCUGUGACAAAAAUGGGAAAAGCCAUCAAUGUAAUCUACUCUAUGAAUACUGCAAAGUUCUUUAUGUCAAUGAAAAGCUGUAUUAGAGGAAGUAGUCUUGAGUUAAAAGGGAAUAUUUAGUUAGAUACAAGGAUGAACUUUGUGAAGAAGGGCUUGGAGAAAGUGAGGGAGACACUGGGUGCUUGAGGAAAGGGUUCCUACCCAGGGCCGUGAACAUCAGUGUUCUGUGGAUUCCAGCUUCAGCACUAGCAGAGGCCACCAGCACAAUCAAAGGCCACUGCCCAGGAGGACUCUAGCAUAGCUAGGGAGCGGUGAAUUCCAACACGCAUUGUCCUGCCUUUAACCCCUGGAAUGGGUUAUGUCUGCCACUUCUUUUGGGCAGUGUUCACCCACAACUAGUUACUCAACACACGUCUACAUAAAAUGACAGCCUUGGCUGGUGUGGCUCACUGAAUUGAGCACCGGCCUGUGAACCAAAAGGUCGUUGGCUCGAUUCCCAGUCAGGGCACAUGCCUGGGUUGCAGGCCAGGUCCCCAGGUGGGGGCAUGUGAGAGGCAACUGAUUGUCUCUCGUACAUGGAUGUUUCCCUCUCUUUCUCCCUCUCUUCCCCUCUCUCUAAAAAAAUAAAUUUUUUAAAAA